UAGGGGGGGGAAAGAGGAGGAGGGCGAGGAGCGGAGGGGACAGGGAGAAGCAAGGCAGGGACGAAAAGGAGGGCGCCUGUCAUAGAGCAUGGAAACUAGCGAUGCUCCCGCGAUUUGCUGUACCUAACCGCCUCGCUGCUGGGGCGGGGAGAGCCGGCGGCGGGAGCAGAGAGAGGGCGGGUGCGAGGCGGUGUUGCCGGAGGGGCUGCUCCUUGGCCCCGGCCGCUUAUAAGGAAAUGCAGGCUGCGAGGCGCGGCCUGGCUGCGGCAUGGCCGAGGUAAAGCUAGCCGUGCUAGGUGGCAGCGGAGCCGGCAAGUCGGCGCUGGCGGUGCGGUACCUGACCAGGCGGUUCAUCGGAGAGUACGCGUCCAACGCCGAAUGCAUCUACACUAAACACCUGUGCCUGGAUGGGAGGCAGAUACACUUGGAAAUUUAUGACCCUUGUUCACAGCCACAGCGGGGGACGCUCUCCCUCACAGACAAGCUCCACUGGGCUGAUGGAUUUAUUAUUGUUUACGACAUCAGUGACAGAGCAUCAUUUGCAUUUGCAAAAGCACUGCUGUACAGGAUCCGAGAGUCUCACCUAGGAGCUUGCAAAAAAGUGACUGAGUCCUCGGUGGUUUUGGUCGGCAAUAAACAGGAUUUAUGCCACAUGAGGGAAGUUGGCUGGGAUGAAGGACAGAAGCUGGCAAAAGAUAACAAGUGCCAGUUCUGUGAACUGUCUGCAGCAGAACACUGUCAAGAAGUUGUGGCAAUGUUCACAAAAGUCCUGAAGGAUAUCACAUCAAAUUUCAAAGUCAAGGAAAAGAGACGACUAAGUGGAUCAAAGUCAAUGGCCAAGUUAAUCAACAAUGUGUUUGGAAAGAGAAGGAAGUCUGUGUAAAAAGAAAGGUGGUUGUUCUUGAAGUAGGAACUGGCUGAAGUAGCAGAGCACAGGCAGCUCUUGGGAACCAGUGCAUUUCCUACUAAGGUCUGUGUCUCUACAAGACAGUAUCCAAAGGCAGGAUGUAGCAUGGUCAAGUGGACAAGGUCUAGAUCUAGAAGACUUGCUCUUCUCUUUCUAAUUCUACUACAGAUUGACUGUGUUAAGGCUGUGACACUUAAACUCUGAGCUGCUCCUCUCACCCUUCAUCUGGCAAGCUCUUCAGAGGAGAGUGUUAGUGUGUGUUUAUUCAACACUAGCAUGAUCUUGGAUAGAGCUGGGUGCAACUGAAGUAUAAACACUUACUUUCCAAUUAAUUCAGCCUAGCUGGUCAAAAUCUUACUUCAGAGUUCUGAGGAGCAGCUUUGUGCAAGAACAUUUGUACUAAAGAAAAGCAAAAUACUUCUGCUUCAUGUGAUAAUGCAUUUCACUGAAGAAGGGAGCCUCUCCCACCUAAAGAUGCCUAGCGCCUGCUGACAUUCACAGGAGUUAAAUGGUUAGCUACCAAAUCUACAACAGGAACUCACCUGCAAGGCUGCUUUGCAGAGGCAUUGGAAGCAGGGACGCAGACAAACCAAGAGGUUUUGCCUCCUUUUUCAGUGUAUUUUCUUUUUUUUUCCCCCUCUGAGUGCUGAAAGAAAGUAGAGAGGGUUGAGGAGAGUGGGAACUGAAAUGUUAGUGGGCAUUGGAGUGGUUUGACCAAGGUAAUUGUUUAGUGCAAUAACUUUAUGGAGCAUAACUUAAGGAUAACAUCUUGAGCCGAUCCCUUUCCUGGAGCAGUUUUCAUGGGCUGUAACAAAGUUUCCUUACCCGUAAGGUGGAUGUGCCUGUUCAGUUUUAGAUGGGAGCAGAAGCUUGAAAAGCACAUGGACUGGUACAAGCACAAGCUCUCUGAGAGGUCUGCCUGGAUUUAAAGGUCACCCUGCUGCUAAGUAAAGACCUGUGCUCCUAACUUGCAUAGUUGUUUUCCUGAGGACCAAUGUCUUCACAGCUCUGAUACUGAAAUGCCACUUGAGAGAGCACUAAGGAAUGUGUUAGCUACACUGUUCAAGUGUGGAUAUUAAACAUCAGAUGGGUGUAAAUGUAUUGUCAGUUGACAUUCAGAGCUCUUACUGUAGACAGCUAAAUAAGGGCUUAGCCAAUGUGUUUAUAAGUGCUGUGCUUACACAGAAAUUAGAAAGGGAAGAGAAGUGAUCUGAAGAUUAAUUACUGCCUCCUACCCGUUCCAGAGGACAGCUGGGAUUCACUCUUGACAGUUUCUGAGUUGAAGCCCACCUCUGCUCUGAAAUUGUACCUGCAUUGGAAAUACUAAGCUAUUCAGUGCCAGGGAAAUACUGAUUCCCAAACGUCCACCCCCUCUGAUGAAAGCUGUAUAGUCUCAGCAGUACUACUGUCACGUUUCAAUAAGCAUUGACCAAAGACACUCUCCUUUUCUUAAGGGAGGGGCACCAAUUAUUUCACUUGCUUUAUAAAUAUUGGAGCAAUGUUUACAGGCACAGCGUUGCUUUAUUUCUCUGCAGGUGCUGCUCUGCCAUAUCAAGAGUAGUGUAUUUAACCACACUGUCAAUACCUGUGAGGCUGAAGACUUCAGUGUGCACCCUUCAGCUUUCUGGUACACACAGAAUUCCAGAACUAUUAGUGCACUGUCAGUGUGUCAGGUAGUUGUCUCUCACCAGCUCUAGCACUGCCAAAUUCAAGAACUUGUAUUUAUUGACAUGGCAUUAAAUAAACUGGAUGUAAGAUGAUGUA